AUAUAGUGAAUGCAGGGUCCUGGGAGACCGGAUAUAGUGAAUGCAGGGUCCUGGGAGACCGGAUAUAGUGAAUGCCGGGUCCUGGGAGACCGGAUAUAGUGAAUGCAGGGUCCUGGGAGACCAGAUAUAGUGAAUGCCGGGUCCGGGGUUUAGGAACACUUUAAAUGCAGACCCCAGGAAGAUUACAGCAUUUUCCUGCAUUCCAAUGUACCUGAAAGGUGUUGAAGGUAGUUGCCACUUGAAUAAAUAUAUUCAA